UAGCUGUCAAAUCAAGCAGCAGCGACAUUUCCCCUACAGCUCACCGUCAGGCAAUUUCGUCCCUCACGUGAUUCUCUCAUUCUUGGGCCCGCUCAGCGUCUCCCAUUCCCUGGUGAAAGCCUGAGUAGUGACGGUUCUUGGCCGCACUUCUUCCCGCAGUCUAUUCUUCCGCUAUUUCUGAGGCGCCUCAAAAAUAGACUCCGCGAGUCGCAGUUAAUUCUUUCGAUACUUCCCGCUCGUUGUGCUAAGCGCGUCACCCUACUAGGCACGGCGCGCCGACGUGCUUCUCGGACUCACAGCCUUUUGACCGUCAGAGGCAGAGGAGUUUCCUUGGCGACUGCCGUAGUAACUUUUGAGUCGACUCAUAAUAUUCAUCUUGCGGUGACCUUUGAGAAUUCUAGGGGCGUAGUAACUUUUGAGUCGUAGGAAGGGCGCAACGCGGCGCGUCGCAUUUCCUGUAAAGUAGCACAGCGCCACUGUAAAGCCUCUACCGAGUAGCGUUUCUUCAAUCAUGGCUCCUGAGAACCGUUCGCCGUCCGCCCGCAUUUCGCGCCGCACGUUCCGGCCGACACGGUUGGGACGGGGCUCGGCGCGCUCUCAGCUCCAACGCAACGAUUCCCUCCCCCCUCCCGCCAAUGCUCCCGCCGCUGCGAUUCGGAGCGAAAGCUUCGGUUCCGGCAGCGGCGAAACCGAUCUGAAGACGCGGGAUCUUGACGUGCCACGUGUCGGGCUCGCCGCAUCUCACGGCGGGUCUGCUGCUAGUACUAGAGGAUACGGAAUUUCAGAUGUAGGGGCGCCGCCGCUGCAGUUGCGCCGACAGCUUCCGAACUUCAAGCUCCCCACAAUUCUCGCGUCCGUUUCCGCCUCCCACGCAACGCACCCGAGCCUCGCGCCGAGGUUCGGCCCGAACCUGCUGCCGAGCCAGCCAGACUCGGACGAUGUGUUUCCGUUGUCGCCGGCCAGCGCGGAGGAGCUUCAGCGCGCUGUGAUUGGCUGGCUGGAAGAGCAGGCGAUGCGCGCGCGCAACCUGCGCAACUUGCGCAACGUGGGGAACGCGCGGACGACGACCGCGGAAGCCGGCGGACAGGCGCAGGUCACCCCCCCGCGCGCGAGCGCUCUUGCGCUUGAGGCGCAUGUGAACCACGCUGUAACUUCCGCCCAUGCGCGUAUCGGCCGUGCGCGGGUAGCACUAGCGCGCGCAGUCGACGGCGCAGUGACCACGGCGCGCGGGCAAUUGGCGCAAUCCGCGCGGAUUGGCGCGCCGUUGCUUGUGUCAGUGGCCGGGGUGGGCGGGCGGAUGGCGGUCGUGGGGGAACGCGUGGCGCACGCGAAGGCGGAAGCGGAAGCGCGGAUGCUUGCGCUACGGCGAUUCGGGGAGUUUUGGUGCCGCAUCGUACAUAUAUACGGCAGCUAUAAGGUCUGCCAACUUCACACAUCCUUCAAUCUCCCCCUCCCGGGCAACCGGCGACUGGCCUUAGUGAAAGAGACGGAGAGGGAGGCGAUAUGGGAGCGGCAGCACGAGAGGGCGGCCAACAUGCUACACUCCCUGUGCACCGAGAUGCGCGGAUUCUUCCUUAAAGCGGGGCAGUUCUUAGCAAAGCCGGACAUGUCCCCCCCUGCGUGGGUGGCGCGGCUGUCCUCUCUGCAUGACGCCGCGCCGGCUGACCCGUUCCCGGUGGUGUGUGAGAUGAUAGAAGGGGAGCUGGAGGCCCUGAUGGGCAGGAAGGGGCUGCGGUGGAGCGACGUGUUUGCGAGGAUCGAGGAAGAACCACUGGGUUCGGCUUCCAUUGCUCAGGUGCACAGGGCGUGGCUCAAGGACGGCAGGCAAGUCGCCCUGAAGGUGCAGCACAAGGGGUCGGAGCCCCUCAUGCUGAUGGACCUGGCGAACCUCAAGGCCUUUGGAGCUUUCCUGCAGAAGACGGAGCUGAAGCAUAUGGACAUAGUGUCGGCACUUGUAGAGCUGGAGAAGCAAGUGCGGCUGGAGUUUGACUUCCGCAUCGAAGCAAACGCCAUGGAGCGGAUCCACCUGGCGCUGAAAGGGGAAGGGGAAAGGGGGGGGAGGAGAAAGGGCGGGGAAGGAGGAACGGGCGGAGCGAUGGUGCGAAGGAAAGGGGCAGCAGCAGCAGUUAGAGGCAGAACAGGCAGGGGCAGGGGAGCAGAGCGCAGAAGUCACAUGGAUUCUUUUCACUUGCCAUCUGCCACCUCCUCCUCCUCCUCCACCUCCUCCCCAGUGGUGGUGCCUCGCCCCAUCCCCGGCCUGGCGACCAGACGGGUGCUGGUGAUGCACCUGAUAGAGGGCUCGCCGCUGCUCAAGGCCGCAGAGGAGAUGGGAGCCAAGGCCGAGGGGUUCUUCGCCAGGAGAAUCAAGAGGUCCAUUUUUCGUUCGCUUGGGGAGGCUUACGGGCUCAUGCUCCUUCGAGACGGGUACUUCCAGGCCGACCCGCACCCCGGAAACAUUCUCAUCUGCCCGGACAAAAAGGUCGCUCUUCUGGACUACGGGCAGACGAAACAACUCUCCCAGCAGCACCGCCUGCAGCUGGCCGAGCUGAUCCUGGCCGUCGGUGACGGCGAUGCGAAGCAGAUCGGACGGCUGUACAAGCAGAUGGGGUUUGAGCUGAGCAAAACGGCGGAGGAGAACCCGGACAGUUUCCGCUGGAUGGCUACUCUUAUGUUUGACACGCGAUCAGCACCUGGCAUCACCACUUCAAACCCGUUUUCGGCAGAGCACGUAGGGCAGAGCAACGGAGUGAGGAAGUUUCCGGAGGAUCUGUUCUUUGUGGUGCGGACGAUGCAGCUGCUGCGGGGCAUUUGCAUGGGCAUGGGGUUGAAUGAGUCCCUUGCGGAGCAGUGGAGGCCGAUUGCACGGCAAGCGAUUAAAGAGGCUCAAAGGCAGCAACAGUGAAGGUGUAUGCACGACGCAACGGUGAGGGUGUUUGCAGGCAACGACAGGCUUCUUUGUGGUGCGAAGGACGCUGCAGCUGCUGAGGUGGUUCUGGGUGUGUCCGGGGCUGAAUGAGUCCCUGUGGAGCAAUGGAGGCCAGUUGCACACCAAGUUAUCAAAGAGGCACAGCGGCAGCAGCAUGUGGCAGUGGAGGGGAUGGGGCUGGGGCUGCGAAGGAUCUGCAUGGGAAAGGGGUUAAAUGAGUCCCUUGCAGAGCAGUGGAGGCGAAAUGCUCGGCAACUAAUCAAGGAAGCACAGUGGCAGCAGCAGUGAGGGAGUUUUCAGAGGAUUUGUUCUUUCUGAUGUGCAGUAUGCCGCUGCUGCGGGUGAUUUGUAGGGGGCACGGGGCUGAUUGAGUCACUUGCAGAGCAGUGGAGGCCGCUGCAGCGAGGGUGUUUGCUGGCAGCAGGAGGCUUCUUUGUGGUGCAAGGGACGACGCAGCUGGUGAGGGGGAUUUGCAGGCAAGUGAUGAGGCAGUCACAGAGGAUGUGGUACGUGGCGGUGUGAUUGACGGUGCAGUUGCUGAGUGGGUAUUUGCACAGCACGUGAUGAGUCAGGCACAGAGGCAGAGGCAUAUGACAGCAUGAGGGGCGAUGCAGCUGCUGAGGGGGAUUUGCAUGGGCAUGGGGUUGAAUGAGUCUCUUGCAGAGCAACGGUGGGCGAUUGCAAGGAAAGCAAUCCACGAUGCGCAGAGGCAGCGCAGAUGGACGUAUACUUGUGUGCUUGUUGCUCUAGGUGUGCGGGUUGGUGGGUUUAGAGGGACAUGAGAGAGGCUCUUUGAGCGCCAAGCAUGCUUCAACAUAACCAGGCAGGGUACAAGUGUUGGGCAAUGCUCGGAGCUCCACCUUGAUUGUUUCAAAGUUUUUUGCGUGAUUUUUUUUCAUUAUUUAUGAGGAAACUUUCAUGC